AUUUUUUUUAUCUUUUUAUCGUUUUUCUCGUUCUUUCCUUUUCUUUCAAAUCGAUUUUCCUUUCCUUUAUAAUCAUAUUCACACUCACAACACAACAUGGCUAUUGAGCACGAUACCUUUGCCCCAACAGCAUUUUCAGAGACGUCCGUUGUGGAGGAGGUGACCGUGGAGACCCCCUGGGGCCUGCCCUCCGACCCGAUCACCAUUGCCGAGACCGAGCGUGGCAACAAGAUUGCGUUCCUCGCCCGCCACGGCCGCUCACACAGCGUGCUUCCCUCCGAGGUCAUCCUGGCCUUCAGCGCCGUCGGCUCCCUGCGCGAGGAGAUCCAGCCCGGAGACUUUGUCAUGCUCGACCAGAUCAUUGACCGCACCAAGGGUGUGCGCGCCGACUCUUUCUUCACCGGCACCGGAGUCACCGCCCAUGCUUCCUUCGGCGAGCCCGUCAGCGGCCUGCUGCGUGCGCUGGUCCAGAACCACAGCACUGCGGUGCCCAGCAUCACCGUUCAUCCCAGCGGCACCGGUGUCUGCAUGGAGGGCCCUGCCUUCUCGACACGCGCCGAGUCCAACUUGUACCGCUCGUGGGGCGCCAGCGUCAUCAACAUGACCUGCAUCCCUGAGUCCAAGCUCGCGCGCGAGGCCGAGAUCACCUACGCCAUUGUGUGCAUGGCCACCGAUUACGACGCCUGGCGCGAGUCCGAGGAGUCGGUCACCGUCGCCGAGGUCAUGAAGACCAUGAAGGUCAAUGCUGCCAACGCCAAGACCCUGCUGCUGGCCGCCCUCCCGACAUUGAGCAGGCUGCGUACAACGACCCCGAGCAGGCCCUGACCAAGCCCGAGGCCGGAAGCAUGCAGUACGCCUUCCAGCAGACGCCCGACAAGCAGGCGUCUGGUGACCAGAGCAAGCUUGCCUUUAUCUUCCGCAACUAUUUUUAAUUAGAGUAUUUCUUUGGUAAUCACAUAAAAAUAUUCAUAAUAUGGAGCUGCUGGUA